AUGGGCAACACAAUAUCAUAUACCAUUAAGGAGCACGAGCUCGAUCUUGGUGGGAAAGGCUCAGUCAAAGGACUUCAGUACGACGAAAAGUCCCGUCGAUAUGCUGGAGUUCCUUAUGCGCUACCGCCGACCGGCGAGCACAGAUGGCGGAAGCCUCGGCCGCUCCCUGCAAACCAUCGACUUGUAAGCCCGAACGGCGAGGCGUUUGAUGCUACCAAGUUCAAACCUGUCUGUCCACAGGAAGCUUACCACGCUGGAGCGGAGAGCAGCGACGAUGUAGCGUUCUCUGAGGAUUGCCUGGUCAUGAAUAUUUGGACACCCGUUCCAAAGCCUGGUGAGCCCCGCGACAAGAAAUACCCUGUGGCUCUGUGGCUUCACGGGGGCUGGUUCCAAAUGGGAGAUCCAUCGCAGGAUGCCACCAUGGACCCGACGGAAAUGAUAUCUACUGGAGGGGUAAAUGCGAUCGUGGUUGCCAUUGGCUACCGACUCAAUGUUUUUGGCUUUCUUGCGGCCCAGGAACUGCUAGAUGAGAGCGAUGGGGAGUCGGCCGGCAACUUUGGCCUCUGGGACCAAAGACUGGCAAUGGAGUGGGUCAAAGAGAACAUCAGCGCGUUUGGCGGCGACCCUAACAACAUCACCCUCGGAGGCCGCAGCGCGGGCUCGUACGGUGUAGAAGCUCAGGUCCUUCAUGAUUUCCGGUCCAACGCACCGCACCCCGGUGGAGAGUUAUUUCAGAGGUUCUACAUGAUAUCAAACGCCAUUCCGGCCCAGCCAAAGACCGUAUCCGACACCCAGGAGCAGUUUGACGAGCUAUGCCAACAUUUUGGGAUUGAAAAAGCGGAAUCAGGGGCCGAGAAAAUGGCCAAACUGCGAGCUAUCUCCUGGAAAGACUUGUUGUUAGCAAUCAAGAAACUCAACAAUCACACCUUUCGGCCAGUGACUGACGAGCUUUUUAUUCAUUCCGGAAUGACUGAGUAUCUGUCCGACGGCCGUUUCGCAGCAGAUUUCACGAAACGUAAAUUGCGAAUCCUGAUUGGCGAAGUGUUGAACGAAGAGACACUUUACGCGACAUAUCAUGCGCCAGAAGAAGCGAAUGUAGAUGCUUUGCGUCUGCAGGUCGGCAACUACUACGCUCCCGAAACCACAGACCGGAUAUUGAAGCAGUAUUCGCUGCCCGAAACAGACGAUCUCUCCGAAUGGCGGAUGUUGUUCGGAAGAAUUAUUGCAGAUGGUCAAGUUCGUGCCCCCUCGAGACUUCUUGUGCAUAAUCUUUUGAGCCAUGGAGUCUCUCUCCGGGAUAUAUGGCGGUACCGUGUCGCCAAGAGGCUCUCCUUCAUUACAGAGAAAGUGGCACCAGUUUCUUUUGGAGUCGCCCACGCCAUGGACAAGCCAUGGUGGAAUUUCUCAAUUGUGCACGGCCCGACUGCUGAAGAAAGGGUGCUGAUGCAGGAGUGGAUUGACAUGCUUAGGGCUUUCGUACAUGAUGACCAGGCGUACGAUCUUGGAACAAGAGCAAUAGAUGAGAUGAAAGUGGUCACUUCGGAGAAUGUCAUCGAGGUGCAAAAAGACAAAAGAUGGCCCCAGCUGGUACGGCUAGGUGAGGUGUUUGCUGGAAACACCGAGUAG